AUGGAGAAGGAAACAGAACUUGCUAAAAAAUCAAAUAAACGAUUAGAAGAUAACACUAUAAAUAAAAUGGAAAAUAGUAGUUCAACAACCGAUAUUGUAGCGACUGUAGAAAAGGGUAUACAGAACUGGUCCCUUUGCCAGGGAUGCCAGAACAAAUUAGAGAGCUGUACAAAUAAUAUACUUGCAGUAGCAAUUACAAGAUCGGAGCUGGAUAUCCUGGAAAGGGACAUGCAAGUCCUCAGAGACGCAGUGAUCGCAAGAGAAGAAGCUUGGGACAAAGCAAUGGAACAGGAACAAACGUAUCGUCAGCAAAUACUCAGGCUAACAUGUGAGACUAUUACUAUUCGUCAUAUACAAGAAUCACGUGAACAAGAAUUGAGAACUAUUAAGGAUGUUUUGAAAGAGAAGGAAAACGACUUUAAGAACCUGCAAAAGAGGGAGAACAGUCUAAGGAAGAUCGUAACGAAGCUUCACAAGCACCAAAGAGAUCAAGAAGGGAAUCUCGGAAAUUCUCCGACGUUAGAAUUGACUGAAAAAGAGCAGAGAAUGAUCGAGGAGUGCUCGAGACAAGUAUUAUCCAGCUUGAAAGGAAAACAGAAAAUAAAAUCACGAGGAUAUACAGUAAGUGAGAAGAACAUCCCUACUGAAUCACAACGUACGAGUCCUCGAAAUAAUAGUAGCAGUAAUAAGAAUACGAGUCAGGCUAAAGACUAA